GUGGUGUUGUCUCAUCACCUUUAGUGCUUUCUUGCAUGAGAUUUGAGUUAAUAAGGUUUCUCAUCCCCUCCCCCUAAGCAUGGCAAUUAGUCACGCAACUUUGGCAUUUGGCUUUGGCAUGCUAGGCAAUGUCAUUUCUUUCAUGGUAUUCUUGGCUCCAAUGACAACAUUUUACCGGAUUUACAAGAAGAAAUCGACCGAGCAGUUUCAAUCACUACCUUAUCUUGUUGCAUUAUUCAGUUCCAUGCUCUGGUUGUACUAUGCAUUAGUCAAAACAAAUGAAUUUCUCCUAAUUACCAUUAACUCCUUUGGAUGCCUUGUAGAGAUCAUUUACAUCCUCUUGUACAUCACCUAUGCGCCCAAGGACGCUAGGAAGUUAACUCUUAAGCUACUUUUGGCAAUGAACAUGGGGUCAUUUGGUUUGAUCCUCUCAGUGACACACUAUGCCAUGCAUGGUGCACUUCGUGUACAAGUUCUUGGAUGGAUUUGUGUUUCUAUAUCAGUUAGUGUCUUUGCAGCACCACUAACCAUUGUGGCACAAGUUGUUAGGACAAAGAGUGUUGAGUUUAUGCCUUUCAAUUUGUCAUUUACUCUCACAUUGAGUGCAAUAAUGUGGUUUGGUUAUGGUCUUUUUCUCAAAGACAUAUGCAUUGCUCUCCCAAAUGUGUUGGGUUUUGUUCUUGGGUUGGUUCAGAUGAUACUGUAUGGCAUAUACAGGAAUGGUAAUAAAAAGGCAACACUUAAAACCGUUGUUAGCUCACUAGAAAAUGGUGAAGUAUUUCCAGUACAAGAAGAUCAUGAGAUAGGAAACAAGAACAAAGAAGAGAAAAAUAAAAGCAUGGAAACAGUCUAAUUAAUAUAUGUAUCUUACUAUAUAUUCUUCCAUAAUUUGUAGCUACCUUGUAACCUACUACAUAUGCUAAAUAGUUAUUUCAACAUUAUUGUGUGUUCUCUGUA